AUGGAAGAGUUGAAUUUCGAGCACACUGCAAUUACUAUGUAUGGGAAACCUGUCAGCUUGCCUCGUCUUCAAUCGUGGUUCGCAGAAGAGGGAUUGGUUGUAAAGGAGCUAUUUCAGAAGCAGAAGCAGCACGUUUGGACUGCACCGAUGCUUAAGCUGAAAGCUCAACUCGAGAAUCAGCUCGAUGUCAAAUUUGAUUAUUGUUUGGUCAAUUUAUACAGGGACGGAAACGACCACAUCAAUUUUCAUGCUGACAACGAGGCAAAAGAUAUCAUCGCUUCCAUGACAUUAGGUGCUACACGCAGGUUUGUCAUACGACAUCUCAGUUGUUUUGGUAAAGUCCUAACACGAAAGAGAAAGCCUUUGACGACGCCCGACAAGAAAGAGUACGAGUUUUCGCUGACGAACGGAUCACUCAUUGUGAUAUUAGGUGAUAUGCAACAGUAUUGGAAGCAUUCGGUGCCGAAAGAGAAGAUGGGAAAAACUGAAUAUUUAAUUAAAUGGAAAGGAUGGGCUACUAAAUGGAAUACUUGGGAACCUGAAAAACAUAUUUUAGAUAAAUUACUUAUCGCAGAUUUUAAUAACAGAAAUCGAAAACGUCAGAAAAGUAAACUUUUAGUUCGUAAUAGUGUAAAUAAAAGUCAAACAACGAUAAAAACUCGUCUAAAUACUUCCGUACGAACACGUCGUCUACGUAGUUCAACAUCAUCAGAUAUAUCAACAUCAGCUAUUGUUUCUCCAACAACAAAUGAUGAAAAUAAUGAUGAUGAUGAUUCUUUAUCAAAGAAAAAAUUCGACAAUGAUCGAGUUGAAGUUUAUAAACUUCGAUCAAGUCGAACUGAAAAAAUUGAAUCAAUUGAAAAAGAUAUAUCUGACUCAUCAAAAGAAUCUGAUCAUGAUAAAGAAGAAGAAGAAAAACAAGAACAAGAAACAAUAAUUAUUAGUGAAAAACCAAAACUAGAUGAAUCUAUACGAGAAUUUUUAUGGCAACCAACUAAAAUUUCAACAUCAACAACAACAACAACAAUAACGGAAGUAACUGAUCAAAGUGGUGUAACAGUUUUAAUUCGAGAAUUAAAUGAUAUUCCAACAUCAAAUAUAAAUAGACCAACACGUUUUCUUGGAUAUGGAAAUGGAGGUCGUGGUGGAAGACAUUGA